GGCAGCUGAAAUCCUCUACUCCUUGGCUUUGGUACAGUCAAGUAAAUCUGAGAAGACGAGGGUGUUUCCUUCAGUGGAUAACUACAAAUUGCUGACAGAAGCUAGAAGGAACCUUGGACUGUUUCAGCAUCAUGAUGCUAUUACAGGAACAUCCAAAGAUUGGGUAGUUGUGGAUUAUGGCACUAGGCUUUUCCAUUCAAUAAUGAACUUGAAGAAAGUGAUAAUUGACUCUAUUCAUAUUCUUAUUCUAAAGGAUAAAGGUGCUUAUAAUUAUGAUGCAUCAACUCCGUUCCUGAAGAUGGAUGAUGUUCAGUCUUCCCAAGAUUCUUUGCCACACAAGACCGUUAUAAAGCUGACAUCGCAGCCGAGGUAUCUAUUGCUAUAUAAUCCUACGGAACAAGAGCGAUUUUCAGUCGUUUCGGUCAACGUAAAUUCACCCAGAGUUAAAGUAUUAUCUCCUUUGGGAAAACCUGUUACUGUCCAGAUUAGUGCUGUUUGGAAUGGAGCAACUACAGUAUCACAUGAAGCAUAUCAGAUCACUUUUGUGGCUCAUCUACCACCUCUGGGACUUGGAGUUUACCAGCUUUUGGAGGUUCAGAGUUCAGAAGCGGUUUUAGCAGACUAUGAUAUAUACAUGAGGAAUAGUAAGCAAGAGAAGCCAGACAGACUUUUCAAGAUAAAAGAGUUACAGAAUUCUGUGGAUAAUAUAAUCUUAGAAAAUUCUUACAUGAAACUGUGGUUUUCUGGAAUGUCUGGAUUACUGGAGAAAAUAAAUACCAAAGAAGAUGGCAAAAAUCAUCCAAUGAAGGUGGAGUUUGCCUGGUAUGGAACUACAAGUAACCGGGAUAAAAGUGGAGCUUAUCUCUUCUUACCAGAUGGAGAUGCCAAGCCUUAUAUUUUUACAGAUCCACCUAUCAUAAGAGUUGCUCAUGGAAGGAUUUUCUCAGAAGUCGUGUGCUUUUUCCACCAUGUUACACAUACCAUGCGACUGUAUAAAGUUCAGGGUUUGGAAGGCCAGUCUCUUGAAGUUUCCAAUAUUGUGGAUAUUAGAGGAGAAUAUAAUCGUGAGCUUGCAAUGAGAAUUUCAUCUGACAUAAACAGUCAAAAUAGAUUCUAUACUGAUCUUAAUGGAUAUCAGAUCCAGCCCAGACUGACGAUGAGCAAAUUGCCUCUUCAAGCAAAUAUCUAUCCUAUGACUACAAUGGCUUAUAUCCAAGAUAUUGGAGUUCGUUUGACACUUCAUUCAGCUCAGUCUCUAGGUGUUGCAAGCUUGAAAAAUGGUCAGCUGGAAGUGAUCAUGGAUCGUCGACUUAUGCAGGAUGACAACCGUGGCCUUGGACAAGGUGUCCAAGAUAACAAGAUUACAGCUAAUGUCUUCCGACUUCAUCUGGAAAGAAGAUAUGGAACAGAUGUGAAUGAAGAGAAGGCAUCGGUCAGUUUCCCCUCACUUCUUAGUCAUAUGACUUCUUCUUUUUUAAAUCAUCCUGUAAUUCCGAUGACAACAUAUGCAGAUUCAGGUGUCCCAGAGCUGCUAAGCACUUUUUCUCCACUCACAUCAUCCAUGCCUUGUGACAUGCAUAUAGUCAAUCUGAGGACAAUCCAAUCAAAGGUAGAUAUUGAGCCGUCAGAUGAAGCCGCUCUGAUUCUUCACCGAAAGGGAUUUGACUGCAAAUUUUCAAACAGAGACAUGGGUCUUGUUUGUUCCACUACUCAGGGAAAGAUAAAGGUGCAUAAACUCUUUAACAAAUUCAGAGUGGAAAGUCUUACACCUGCAUCUUUAUCUUUGAUGCAUUCACCUCCAGAUGCCAGAAAUUUAAGUGAAAUAAAUAUGAGUUCUAUGGAGAUAAAUACGUUCCGGAUUCGGCUAAGAUGA